CUCCCUCUCUCCCUCUCUCUCUCUCUCCCUCUCUCUCUCUCUCUCUCUCCCUUUCUCCCUGUGCAUCUCUCAAACAGGGAAAUCUCCAAACCCCAGGAUUUUUUUGGGCUUCUGUACUGUCCAUGGGAAGAGCAUGCAUUGUGGGUUACUGGAGGAACCUGACAUGGAUUCCACAGAGAGCUGGAUUGAAAGAUGUCUCAAUGAAAGUGAAAACAAACGUUAUUCCAGUCACACAUCUCUGGGGAAUGUUUCUAAUGAUGAAAAUGAGGAAAAAGAAAACAGAGCAUCGAAACCACAUUCUACCCCAGCUACUCUGCAGUGGCUGGAGGAGAACUAUGAGAUUGCAGAAGGAGUCUGCAUACCUCGAAGUGCCCUGUACAUGCAUUACUUGGACUUCUGUGAGAAAAAUGACACCCAGCCCGUUAAUGCUGCCAGUUUUGGAAAGAUAAUAAGACAACAGUUUCCCCAACUAACUACAAGAAGACUUGGGACCAGAGGACAGUCAAAGUAUCAUUACUAUGGCAUUGCAGUGAAAGAGAGCUCCCAGUAUUAUGACGUGAUGUACUCGAAGAAAGGAGCAGCUUGGGUCAGUGAGACGGGGAAAAAAGAAGUAAGCAAACAGACAGUGGCGUAUUCACCACGAUCCAAACUUGGGACAUUACUGCCAGAGUUUCCAAAUGUCAAAGAUCUAAAUCUGCCAGCAAGUCUGCCAGAAGAAAAGGUUUCUACUUUUAUUAUGAUGUACCGAACACAUUGUCAGAGGAUACUAGAUACUGUAAUCAGAGCCAACUUUGAUGAGGUUCAAAGUUUCCUCCUGCACUUUUGGCAAGGAAUGCCACCUCACAUGCUUCCAGUGCUGGGAUCUUCCACAGUUGUGAACAUAGUUGGAGUUUGUGACUCGAUUUUGUAUAAAGCUAUUUCCGGGGUGUUGAUGCCUACAGUGUUGCAGGCAUUACCUGAUAGCUUGACUCAGGUGAUUCGAAAGUUUGCAAAACAGUUGGAUGAGUGGCUAAAAGUGGCUCUCCAUGACCUCCCUGAAAACCUUCGAAACAUCAAGUUUGAAUUAUCGAGAAGGUUUUCCCAAAUUCUGAGACGGCAGACGUCACUAAACCAUCUCUGCCAGGCCUCAAGAACUGUGAUCCACAGUGCAGACAUUACUUUUCAAAUGCUGGAGGACUGGAGGAAUGUGGAUCUGAAUAGCAUCACCAAACAGACACUUUACACCAUGGAGGACUCUCGGGAUGAACACAGAAAACUCAUCAUACAAUUAUAUCAAGAGUUCGAUCAUCUCCUAGAAGAGCAAUCACCCAUAGAGUCCUACAUUGAGUGGCUGGAUACCAUGGUGGACAGAUGUGUGGUGAAGGUAGCAGCCAAGCGACAAGGUUCUUUGAAGAAAGUAGCCCAGCAGUUCCUUUUGAUGUGGUCGUGUUUUGGCACAAGAGUUAUUCGUGACAUGACUUUGCACAGUGCACCCAGUUUUGGGUCUUUUCACCUUAUUCACUUGAUGUUUGAUGACUAUGUGCUGUACCUGUUAGAAUCCCUGCAUUGCCAGGAGAGAGCCAAUGAGCUAAUGAGGGCCAUGAAGGGGGAAGGAAGCACUGCUGAUGUCAGAGAUGAGAUUGUAUUAGCAGAACCGGCCCCACCAACACCUUCCCCUGUACCAUCAUUUUCACCGGCAAAAUCUGCCACCUCCGUAGAAGUGCCAGCUGCCUCCUCACCGAUCAGUAACCCAUCCCCAGAGUACACCGGCAUGGCAACGACAACAGGUGCGAUGCAGUCCUACACGUGGUCCCUGACCUACACAGUAACUACAGCUGCUGGCUCCCCAGCUGAAAACUCCCAACAACUGCCCUGUAUGAGGAGUACUCAUGUGCCUUCUUCGUCCGUCACACACAGAAUACCCGUUUACCCCCAUAGAGAGGAUCAUGGAUAUACAGGAAGCUACAACUAUGGUAGCUAUAGCAACCAGCAUCCUCAUCCGAUGCAGAGUCAGUAUCCAUCUCUCCCCCAUGACACUGCGAUUUCUGGACCACUUCAUUACUCACCUUACCACAGGAGUUCCUCCCAGUACCCCUUUAACAGCCCCACCUCCCGGAUGGAGCCUUGUCUGAUGAGCGGUGCCCCGAGACUUCAUCCGACCCCGGUGACGCCUCGCUGGCCAGAAGUUCCCUCCUCCAACCCCUGCUACACAAGCCCGUCCAUGCAUUCGGCAAGGUAUGGAAACUCUAGUGACAUGUACACCCCCUUGACUACGCGCCGGAAUUCAGAGUACGAGCACAUGCAACACUUUCCCGGCUUUGCCUACAUUAACGGAGAAGCCACCACGGGGUGGGCUAAAUGAAAAUGACUCUCGUAUUUUGAACACAUAUUUAAGAAUAAAAAAAGACAACCACCACGCCCGGAAGACUCGAUCUCUGUAUGUGAUAACACAGGCGCUUUCGGAACGGACCCGCAGAUGGGAUGGAAGGUGGAACAGGUACUCUUCAGUUUGGACACUGGACUCACUGAAGUCCAGCAUGACCGUAUCCCGUGGCUAAGCCAGAUUCCCGAUUUCCACAAAGCGCUAUAUUCAGUAGGCCAACUGGUGCCUUCUUUUCUUCUUUUCCACGUCCCCUCAUUGUGUGCGCUCCGAUCCAGCGAGCCACUUCCUUCUCGGUUGAUGGAUGCUCCGAAGUCUUUCAGGACACUGGCUGGGGAGGGAGAUCUAUUUUGUACUUUGAUGGACACUUGAUUCACCGGGAACAAAAGCCCCAACACUCUGCCUCGCUUAUUCUGCCAAUCAGCACAUUGGCGAUGCUCAGCAGAGUCUUUCGGCACCAGAAAAGGCCCGAUAUCGGCCCCAGGUUAUGUGUUCUCCCCUGAGGGUUGCAGCACCUUUCCACUGCCUUGGGAAAAGGAUAAGCCGUUCACACCAACUCUGCCUACCUUAAGUUGACUGAAGCACUUAGUACAGUGCUCUGCUCAGUAAAUAAGAUUGAAUAAAUGAAUGAAGUCCUUCUUCAAGUAUUUGCCCCUAGUUUGCACAACUGCUAGAGUCAGUCUGGGGAAAAGCAGAGGAAGGGAUUUCUGAGGUUUGGCAAGUAAGUGAAUUUUUUGACCUUGAAGAUCACUCUCAGCUCUGUUACCGUAAUGUUACGAAUCGGAAUGAAUCAACUUCCCCCUGCCUAGCACCAAGUAUGAAAACGAUUCUUUUGGUUCCUUCACAAGAUUAUUAUUAUACUUGCUGACACUUUGAUAGGGAAAAAAAAGUCAAAGCUGUGCCUUUGAGCCUAUACUGUCUGUGUAUGUGUGGAAACAAAAUGUAUUGUACUCCUGGGAGAAAUUUUCGUAGACAUUUUUCUGUCAGACUUGUAGUGAUCUGUGAGGUUUGUUAGCAGUUAUUAACAUAGGUUUUCAUUCUGUAUUAUAAAGUGCCCCGAGCAAUUAUGGUGGACCAAUUACCCUAUGGGUAAGAAAUAAAUAAAUGGAAAUAUUACAGCGGAUGUUUUAGUAAUCGUUUUGUAAAUAAAGUCUUUGAUAGCACCA